ACUGCGACAGAAGCUAUGACAAAUACUCUUACAUCAGGUCAAACGGUAUUCAUUCAGGGCGCGGCGGCGACUCCGUACAUACUGGUGGAUGCCAUGACGGAGGUCGGGAAGGCUGCGAAGUAUAAGGAGAUCAGUGUCGUUCACAUGCACACGGAAAAGAAGGCUGGUUACACAGAGCCGGAUUGUAAAGGCAUCUUCAGAUCGUGUUCCCUGUUUAUGGCUGCGAACGUCCGGAAGGCGGUAUCCGAAGGCCGCUCGGACUGCAUCCCUAUCUUCCUGCAAGACAUUCCCAAACUAUUCUACAGGAGGAUCAUCCGCCCUGACGUGUCUCUGAUCCAGGUGUCUCCGCCCGACAACCACGGUUUCUGCAGUCUCGGCACGUCAGUUGACUGUGUCAGAUCGGCUCUGCUCAACUCUAAUGUCAUUGUUGCUCAAGUCAACAAGAACAUGCCGCGAACGUUCGGCGACGCGAUUAUGCACGUGUCUCACAUCGACUACGUGGUGGAGGCGAACACGCCACUGCCCGAGCACGGGGGCGAAGCACCCACCCAGGAGGAGACCAAGAUCGGACAGCUCAUCGCCGUCAACCUGGUGGAAGACGGCGCUACUCUACAAAUGGGUAUAGGAAACAUCCCCGACGCGGUGCUUGGCUCCCUCAAGGACCACAAGAACCUGGGCAUCCACUCGGAGAUGUUCAGCGUGGGAAUCAUUGACCUCGUCAAUAAUGGCUGCGUCACCAAUAACAGCAAGUCAACUCACAAAGGUCGGACUGUCGGCAGCUUCCUCAUCGGGAACAGAAAAUUGUACGACUUCAUCCACAACAAUCCGUCAAUAGAGAUGUUGGACAUUGACUACGUGAACAAUACCCACAUCAUAUCACUGCAGCCGACCAUGACGGCCAUCAACUCGUGCAUCGAGGUCGAUCUCACCGGGCAGGUCUGCUCCGAUUCCAUUGGUACCAAAAUAUUCUCCGGUUUCGGUGGUCAAGUGGACUUCAUCCGUGGAGCGGCGGAGGCGGUGGACGGGCGGGGGAAACCCAUCAUCGCCCUCAAGUCUACCACCAAGAGUGGAGUGAGCAAGAUCGUUCCUAUAUUGAAACCUGGUGCUGGCGUAGUGACCACGCGCGCCCACGUCCACUACGUGGUCACUGAACAAGGCAUUGCCAGUCUCUUUGGCAAGACUCUCCGACAACGCGCCUACGAACUCAUCAAAGUAGCACAUCCGAAACAUCGUGAAACUUUAGAAAAAGCCGCGUUUGAACGCCUCAAAUGUAUGCCAAAGCGGUAAUGUAGUUCUUGUGAUUGGGAUUUCCAUUUUGAGUUUUAAGUACUUAUUUUUAU